ACUGAGCUGCUGAGCGGAGAGGUUCCUAUAAGGUGUCAGGAUGUCGCUGUCUAUUUCUCCAUGGAGGAGUGGGAGUAUUUAGAAGAACACAAGGAACUGUACAAGGACGUCAUGAUGGAGAAUCACCAGUCCCUCACAUCACCGGUGAGCGACUCCCAUGGACCUCUCCAUUUAUCUAAUGAAGCAGAAGACAACAAUACCACACAAGCUAAUUCAAUUACUCCUAAUGUACCCUCAGUCCUUCACAGAGAAGAUCUAUCCACCGAUACCGCUGGGCACAAGAAACCUUUAUCUAAUCAGUCACAGACUGGCAAGCAAAUAACUGGAAAUAGAAGGAGGGAAAUCUUUUCCAGUGGUAAACAUUUUAUAAAGAAAUCUAAUAUUUCUUUGCAUGAGAGAAAUCGCAGAGAUAAAAGGCCAUUUUCAUGCUCAGAAUGUGGAAAAUGUUUUACUAGGAAAUUCAUUCUAGUUGGACAUCAAAGAACUCACACAGGAGAGAAGUAUUCAUGUUCAGAAUGUGGGAAAUGUUUUAGUCGGAAAUCAUAUUUUGAUAGACAUCAGAGAACUCACAAUGGAGAGAAGCUAUUUCCAUGUUCAGAAUGCGGAAAAUGUUUUAUUCAAAAAUCUGAUUUUGAGAGACAUCAGAGAACUCACACAGGGGAGAAACCAUUUUUAUGUCAUGAAUGUGGGAAAUGUUUCCGUAACCAAUCAAAUCUUGCGGAACAUCUAAGAAUUCACACAGGAGAGAAGCCAUUUUCAUGUUCAGAAUGUGAGAAAUGUUUUAGUUUGAAAUCAUCUCUUCUUUUUCAUCAGCAAACUCACAGAAGAGAGAAGCCAUUUCCAUGCUCAGAAUGUGGAACGUGUUUUGCAGAUAACGUAGCUCUUCUUAAUCAUCAGCAUUCACAGUGUGAGAAACAUUUUAGUCAGGAUCUUGAUAGACAGCAGAGAGCUUACACAGGAGAGAAACCAUUUGUAUGUCUUGAAUGUGGGAAUUGUUUUAGUCGAAAAUCAUCUCUUGCAGGACAUCUAAGAAUCCACACAGGAGACAAACCAUUUUCAUGUUCCAAAUGCAGGAAAUGUUUUAAUCAUAAAUCAGAUCUUUAUAGACAUCAGAGAACUCAUUCAGGGGAGAAGCCAUUUGCGUGUUCUGAAUGUGGGAAAUGUUUUAUUCGGAAAUCACAACUUGUGAGUCAUCUAAAACUCCACUUAGGGGUGAAGCCAUUUUCAUGUGCAGAAUGUGGGAAAUGUUUUAGUCAAAAAUUAUAUCUUAAUAGACACCAUAGGUUUCACACUGGAGAGAAGCCAUUUUCAUGCUCAGAAUGUGGGAAAUGUUUUAUUCAGAAAUCAGAUCUUGGUAGACAUCAGAGAACUCACACAGGGGAGAAACCAUUUGUAUGUUCUGAAUGUGGGAAGUGUUUUUCUAGGAGAAUAAAUCUUAGGGACCAUCUAAGAGUUCACACAGGAGAGAAUGUAUCUAUGUGUCCUGAAUGUGGGAAACGUUUUAGCCGUAAAUCAAAUCUUGAGGAACAUCUAAGAGUUCACACAGGAGAGAAGCCGUUUUCUUGCUCAGAAUGUGGAACAUGUUUUACCUUUAAAAUAGAUCUUCUUCGUCAUCAGAGAAGUCACACAGGAGAGAAGCCAUUUUUAUGCGCUGAAUGUGGAAAGUGUUUCCGCCUGAAAUCAGGUCUUGUUCAACAUCAGAGGACUCACACAAAAAAGAAGCCAUUGUAAUCAGAUUGUGGAAGGAGAAGUGCUUCAUUGUAGGACCUUCUGCCAAACAGUGCCUUCUGAUGUCUAGAUAACAUAUUACAUGAACCUUAUACACUAUACAAUAUAACAAAGAAUAUGUCACAUGUCCGUUGACCAUUGGAUUAUCUGCACCAGUCGCAUCUUACUUCUUAAGGACCCUUUUAGAGAUUAAUAAACUUG